AUGGCAGAUGAAUCCCAAGAUGCAUCCUUCACAUCAUUUUGGCACCGAUCUGUUGAUAAGAUCUCGUCCCAGAAGGUCAAAUUUAUGCCAAAUAUCACGAGACUUAAGACUUCCAAAGACGAGAAUAGCGAAAUAAAAUCUGGCAUAGCUCAGAAACAACAUAGAAGAGCUCAAGUCCGACGAGCUCAAAUAGAACAUCGACAGCGAAAACAAAACUAUGUCAAGCAUCUUGAGGAAGAUGUGAUACGUCUUCGGGGGAUGAUUGCUAAAACAGAAGACGAAAGUUCGGCCUUGAUGAGAGAAAAUAGAGCAAUAGAAUCGACGCUAUCAGCUUCAGGUAUUGAGGAUCUGUCUAGUUUAAAAUCCCGAUAUGGAAAACUACCUGGCGACCAGCCGAUUAAUUUGCUUCCUCCACAAGGAUAUGAACCACUCCGCGGUCCUACCGCUUCCGAUACAACCCAGGAGAUAAGACCUACCAUUAGAACUGUCGACUACGAGUCAGAAAACGAUAGACUUUCCAGCUAUAUUAGUGAUAUGCUUACUCAGGACAGUGAUCUACUCACUAAUUACUUCUCCGACAAUCAUGAUGUACCAUAUUCGAGUACUUCAUCUAGUUCUCAUAUCAAUAUUCAAUUCGAUGAGUUUUUAAAUGCUUCUUGCCUUCACAUCAGCGAGUUAUCCGACAGUUCUACUAAAGAACAUGGGACGAUUGAUCUUUCCAAACCUCUACCACCACUUCCCGGUCAAGUGUCAGUGCCUGCAAAUGCAGUAAAGAAACCAUCAUCUGACAUAUCGCUUGUAGCGAUCAAUUUCAUUCUUGCUCUCGAACACCCUUGUCGCACCCACUUUCACCAUGUUCCAGGUACACCUCUCCCUUUUGAUCCCGCUGGGGAUCCAUCCGGUCACGAGCUCAUGGCUUCAACACAUAUCUUUGCUCAAGCACCCCCUGAAGCGUUCAAUGAAUCAACUUCCGAAGUUUCGUGGUCUUCUUCUGUUUCUUUGGCUCAGCUAUAUGCCAUGUCGCAGUCGCUACCAACUUCGGACUUUGAGAUUACUCCUGUUCAGGCAUGGUUUAUGAUAGCCGAGAAAUAUCAUGAUGAUAUUGAGAAAGUAGGCGGAACAAAAACUAUGAAUAAUUUGAAGAGAGGUCUGGGCACACUAUCUCGCUGUUACCAGUUUGGGGCUGUGAUGGAUGUUGACAGCUUUUGGGAGAUAGUGGGUGACGUUAUGACACAAAAUGGGAGUUGA